CUGAGCUCCUCAAGUAGUGAAAUGUGGCCUUGAGGAACCGACCGCCCUAGCAUUUGCUCUUUCGGCGGAAGUGAUUGGGUGAUGGUUGGGCGGGGGCCGCGGGAGAUGAAUCAGGAGGUUUUGGCAGGCGGUAGGGGCUCGUGCAACCAACUCUGGUGGUGGCCCCAGAACCGCAGCUUCUUACCCCGGAGGGACGAGUUGUUGGGAUGCACCCGGGAAACGCCCUCCCGGGCUGGGCUCUUGGGGAAGGUGAAGGAGCUUGUCCUGGACAACUGUCGGUCAACUGAAGGCAAAAUCAAGGGCCUCACAGAUGAGUUUGAAGAACUGGAAUUCCUAAGUACAAUCAAUGUAGGCCUCACCUCUAUUGCGAACUUACCAAAGUUAAACAAACUCAAGAAGCUUGAACUAAGCGAUAACAGAAUCUCAGGGGGCCUGGAAGUAUUGGCAGAAAAGUGUCCGAACCUAACGCAUCUAAACUUAAGUGGCAACAAAAUAAAAGACCUCAGCACAAUAGAGCCACUGAAAAAGUUAGAGAACCUCAAGAGCUUAGACCUGUUCAACUGUGAGGUAACCAACCUGAACGACUACCGAGAAAACGUGUUCAAGCUCCUCCCCCAGGUCACGUAUCUCGAUGGCUAUGACCGGGACAACAAGGAGGCCUCUGACUCUGAUGCUGAGGGCUAUGUGGAAGGCCUGGAUGAUGAUGAGGACGAGGAUGAGGGGGAGUAUGAUGACUAUGCUCAGUUAGUGGAAGACGAAGAAGAUGAGGAUGAGGAAGAAGAAGGGGAGGAAGAGGACGUGAGUGGAGAGGAGGAGGAGGAUGAAGAAGGUUACAACGAUGGAGAAGUGGAUGAUGAAGAAGAUGAAGAGGAUGCUGGUGAAGAAGAGAGGGGUCAGAAGCGAAAACGAGAGCCUGAAGAUGAGGGUGAAGACGAUGACUAAGUGGAAUAACCAAUUCUGGAAAAUUCCUAUUGUGAUUUGACUGUUUUUACCCACAUCCCCUCCCCCUCCAAAUCCUGCCCCCCGAAACUUAUUUUUUUCUGAUUGUAGCGUUGCUGUGGGAACGAGAGGGGAAAAGUGUACUGGGGGUUGUGGGGGGAGGGAGGGCGGGAGGGGGAGGAAUAAAAUACUAUUUUUACUGCCACUCUUUAUUUUCCCCCUCCUUUUUCUUUGUGUCUGGUUUUGUCCCUGUAAAUGCAAUAUCUGAAUACACACCAAGCAAGCGUUUGUUCUUACUCUGAGGAUGGCUUGGAAGUCUCUUACAUUUUCUGGUAUGUCCCGUGACCCCAGAGUUGGUCAGGAGGCUAUGGGCGGCCUCCAUCUACUAACUCAGCCCAGGAGGCACUAAGCUCCAGCCCUGUCUGUAAUAAUUACUCUUGCUCUGGUUCAUGUGAUUUCUUCUAGCAGCACCCCGCACCCUGGUUUGUAAAUAGCAACCUAAAGGCGUAUUUUGGCACUGGUUUGGGGACGUUCCCCAUCUCUCAUCCCUUUUCCCCUCACAGAUGGUGGUGGGCUUUGCUCUCACAGAGAGAAUACUCUUGUUCCUCUUGAGUUUCUGAGCCCAAGAGCCAAAAAUGGCAGGCUUAGGGGAUACAAGUAAAAAUGGAUUUGGUGAUUAUAAUUAAAAGAGGAAAAGCAAACCUUUAAAUUUCCACUUUAAAAGAAAAAAAAAAAAAUAACCUGUCCUAUCUUGUCCUGUAAAAUAUUAGAACGCUUUGUUUUACAGAAAUGAAAGGAGGAUUCAUCCCUGUACUCUGGGCUUAGAACAUCAUUUUUACAAAUCUAAGCACUGGAAAUGUUGCUGCGUGUCGGCCGGGUUUCUGGUUUUGUUUUGUUUUAUUUUGUUCUUUUUUCCCCCAUACACCGGAGCACGGAAAAAACUAAUGCAAAAUUGUAUUUUCUUACCUAGUGGGAUUCUGAAGUGACUGCAAGUUCUUGAUGACUGUUCAGUUUGCUUCUAGUAUCCCCCUUCUGGAUUGCUUUAGAAGUGACGUGCUGUUCCCUGACCCAUGUUUCAUCUGUACAAAACGACACCCUCAAUCCCGUUUUUCUCCCACCCCUAAGAAGAGCCAAACUUUGAGUUUUAUGUCUGUUUGUCAUUGAUAAAUUUCAAUAAAUCUUUUUUAUACAA